GUCUAGUGCGAUCCUCGUCGCACCUGACGGUGUUUCCGCCGGCUGCACCUGGGUGGGCAGGAGCAAUGAACCCCCAGCAGCUGCCCGGUCCUUCUAAAAUCCUCCAACUUGCCACCCCAGCUUGUCGUUCGCUUCACUCCUCCUUUCACACUUACCCAUGCCGCAAGGCAAAAUAAGACGCUAGUCUCCGUCCUUCUUCCCAAGUUCAUUAGGGUCAAGCACUCCUACCAGGACGACCCGAAUUCAACGGGAGUCGCUAACGCACAACACCAUCAAGAUGCACAAGAUUGGCGUGCUCAAAGCCCUUGGGGCUGCUGUCCUCACCUUCGUGCCAGCAGCGGCUCAGCACCAGGAUAUUGACCAGAAUGGAGAUGGAGAGGCCGACGGCAUGGGUCCAGCUGCCUUCAUGUGGCCACCCGACCGAGUCUGGCUCGACUUCACCGACAACACUGGCCCUUGUGGCUCCCCCGAUGGACCUGGAAAUCGUACAGCCUUCCCUCUAGUCGACGGCGCUGUGUCCCUUGUGCAGCAAGACGAAGCCUUUGGUGUCCAGAUAUCCAUCUCAUACAGCAAUGAUCCAAAGUCAGAGUCCGACUUCCAGGUCCUGAUCUCGCCUGACGCAGUCAAGGAGUUGAACCCGGGUCACCAGUGCCUCAACAUCACCGACCCCCCCUCCAAUGUUGUGGCAGGAAGCAACGCCACUAUCCAGGUCAAGUACGUCUCGGAUUGGGACAAGAACAUCAACGAAACGUACUACGCGUGUGCAGACAUUACCUACGUUGCUGCUGAUAAGUUCAACUUUGCCUCCAUUCCCUGCUUCAAUGUAUCGGUUCCGGCUGCCCCUGAGCCGUCUUCAACAGCCCCAGGCACUUCAAAUGCAUCUGGCACCAACUCCCCUGCUCAGGGAGGAUCUGACAGUCCCGCGGGCCUUUCUGGUGGAGCCAUUGCUGGUAUCGUUGUGGGCGUGGUCGUCGGCGUGGCUGCGCUUGGCAUCCUGCUCUUCUUCUUGUACCGUCGCGACCAGAGACAGAAGCGGGUUGUCGACCAUGUCACGUCAGCAAGAAACAACGUCAAGUGGGAUGCUGAGAAUCGGUCAACCGGGGAAAGCGCAAACAGCGUACCUCUCGAAACUCUCUCGAAGUAGACGAAGCCGCGUCAGGUGUACGGGACGGUGCGAAUGAUGGUCUGCCUUUGGUCUGAUGGACUCUCUCGAGCUUCCCGCAUAUGAGUGUCCCUGCCAUAUGCUUACACUUAAAUUGUAUGCGUUGAAAGGUACUUCCGGUAAUAUGGACGAGCGUAUCAAUGGCAUGUGUCAGGCCAAGGGGGGCAAGCGAACAGUCUUUCCGAGUUGAAUGAGUUCACGAUGUAAAUACCCAAUAGCGGCAAAGCACAUUAUGCUAAGGACGCUACCUGAAAUAUAAUUUCUUAUG